UCUGUUCCUAUUCAACAUGAAUACAUUCUUCAACUUCUUCGUCCUUUUUCUGUUGCUCAUCUCUGUCUUCAUUGCAACAGAAGCCCGUCCCUUCAAUAUCUUGGAUUCUCCAGGCACUGCUCGUGGAGGUUGUGGGGGUUUCUUCGACGGCUUAUCUCUCGGAGGGAUCAAGCAAUCGGGCCCCAGCCCUGGCGAUGGAAACAAAUUUGCAGACCACCACACCCUCGGAGGAAUUAAGGAAGGUCCAAGCUCCGGCGGCGACGGGCACAAAUUUAUAGACCACAAGACCCUCGGAGGAAUUAAAGACGGUCCAAGCCCCGGCGGCGGACACAAAUUUGUAGACCACAAAACUCUCGGAGGAAUUAAGGAAGGUCCAAGCUCCGGUGGCGACGGGCACAAAUUUGUAAACCACAAGACACUGGGAGGAAUUAAAGACGGUCCAAGCCCCGGCGGCGGACACAAAUUUGUAGACCACAAGACCCUCGGAGGAAUUAAGGACGGUCCAAGCCCCGGCGGCGGACACAAAUUUGUAGACCACAAGACCCUCGGAGGAAUUAAGGACGGUCCAAGCCCCGGCGGCGGACACAAAUUUGUAGACCACAAGACCCUCGGAGGAAUUAAGGACGGUCCAAGCCCCGGCGGCGGACACAAAUUUGUAGACCACAAGACCCUCGGAGGAAUUAAGGACGGUUCAAGCCCUGGCGACGGGCACAAAUUUGUAGACCACAAGGCUCUUGGAGGAAUUAAGGACGGUCCAAGCCCCGGCGGUGGACACAAAUUUGUAAACCACAAGACCCUCGGAGGAAUUAAAAAUGGUCCAAGCCCUGGUGACGGACACAAAUUUAUAGACCAUAAAAUCCUUGGAGGAAUUAAAGACGGUCCAAGUCCUGGCCAGGGUCACAAUUAUGUCAAUGGCGUGCACCAGCUGUGACUCCUGCUUAGCAACUUUGACAAAUUCUUGACAAUUUGUUUUUUUGGAACGGUUCAUUUAUUUGU